GUUUAUGUUUCGUGAUAGUUUUACACGACACCAAAACAAAUCGCUUGAAGGCAUGCCCGAAAAGAUGGCUGAGCAAUCAUUCAUUUUUGACAGAUUUAUAGCUUACUGCAACAUUAAAGUGAAUUUAACCUGAAAUCAAACUGUCAUCGUAUAGUAUUAAAUCUUGAUUUACCCUUUUUUUGCAUAAAAGAUUCUAAGCAGUUGAUUUUUAGAGCAAUUGUGUCUGACUGUAUUUUUGUGUAUCUCCACUAAAGAAUUCACCAAUCAAAAGAUGUGUGGCCGAACAGCUUGUACUCGUGCACCGGGAGAAAUAGCUGAUGCCUGUUCAUACAGAUCCAAUGGUGGCAAAACUUCCAAACCACAAUGGAAAUCUGCUGGAGGAAACGCUUACAAUCCAUCAUAUAAUAAAGGCCCCAAAUCCUGCUCCCCUAUCCUUUUAAAGAAUAAGUUUUUCUCAUCUGAAAAUGAAGAUCUCUCAGAAAGGAUUUUACUACCAAUGCAAUGGGGAUUGGUUCCAUCUUGGCACAAAGGAGAUCCUAAGAAGUUUUCCUUCAAUAUGAUCAACUGCAGAUGUGAUACAUUAACGGAAAAGAAGUCAUUCAUGAAUGCGCUUGAGAAAGGACAAAGAUGCAUUGUUCUAGCAGAUGGAUUUUAUGAAUGGAAAGUUAAUGGAAAAGAAAAGCAACCUUAUUAUAUCCAAUUGAAAGGUUCUGAUAAACUACCUGCUGAGUCGAAACCAAUGUUAUCAAUGGCUGGUCUGUUUGAUAAACAAAUAUCAGAGGAAGGUGAGUUAUACACAUACACAGUGAUAACAGUUGAUGCGUCGUCCUCAGUACAAUGGCUUCAUCACAGGAUGCCUGCCAUCUUGGAUAGCGAAGACGAUAUAUCACAAUGGUUGAAUGUUGAUACCAUACCAUGGAAGAAGGCUCUAGAUUUAUUAAAACCAAAAAAUUGUUUGGAAUGGUACCCAGUUUCCUCAGUUGUAAAUAAUGUUCGAAAUAAUACCGAAGACUGUGUCAAGAAAAUCGAUUUAGUGAAGGAAGCAGCUAAAAAGGCUCGAUCUGGGCAGCUGAUGUCUGCAUGGUUAAAGAAAGGAGAGAAAAGAAAAAGUAGCGAGGUUAAUGAAGAUGAAACUGAAAAGAAGAAACUAAGCAAGUGAAGAGCAAAAUUAAUAAGUAGAAAAAAAGAACAAUUUGCUUCUGUUCUGUUGAUAAAAAACACAAAGACACUAAAUUGUCAUGUAUUUAUAUCUGUAAUACAUAUUUUUGUUUUACUACCUUGUAUAUAAUUUACACAUUUUGUUAGCUAUAAAAGAUCUUUGA